GAGAAAGCUAGCUAGAGGCGAGUGAAUUACUGUUGGAACCUCUAAACACCUUGGCUAGCUGAACUGCAGAGAGCUUUCAAAAUGGCUGAUGAUGAAUUGGAAGCACUCGACGCCCUCGAGAGAGAGGCGUCUGAAUUUACAAAGGACGCGGAAAUCGAUCGCAUCAGAAAGGCUUUCCAACUGGACGCCUAUGCGGUUCUCGACCUCCAGCCUGGCGUCCCCGACUCCGACAUAAAAAUGCAAUACCGCAAGAAAUCCCUCCUCAUACAUCCAGAUAAAUCCUCAAACCCCGCAGCGCCCGACGCCUUUGACCGCUUAAAAAAAGCCCAGACAACGCUGUUAGAUGAAAAAGCACGAGCCCACCUCGACGAGUGCAUAGCCGAUGCGCGACGACUAUUAAUCAGAGAACAUAAAUAUACGCUCGAUUCACCCGAAUUAAAGACUGAAGAAUUCAAGAAGGAAUGGCGUCAGAAGACUAUAGAGGUUCUUGUUGAGGAAGAGGCGAGGCGGAGACGACGGUUAAAGGCGCAGAUGCAGGAGGAAGGCAGGGAAAAGAGGAAAGAGGAGGAAGAGAUAGAGGCGCGGAAACGGAAGAGGGAAGACGAGAAGGCUUGGGAAGAAUCGCGCGAUGAGCGGAUUGGGAGCUGGAGGAAUUGGCAGAAGGGGAAAUCGGAGAAAGGGGAGGGAAAGAAGAAGAAAAAGAUGAAGGUGUUGGGAUGAAUUUGACGAAUCGUAUGUCGUGUGAGUAGAUCUCGUAGAGGUUUCAACAUGUGGGAGGUACUUUCUUUUUUCUUAGGGGGGGACAACUUUCGUGAGCUGGUUCAGAAGGCGCUUUUCUUUCACAGGUGGUCGGAGUUUGUCACGGAAUUAUUCAUAUUCUAAUACCCAUGUAAGGAUCGAUACAAUCACAGAAUUUUUUUUUACCCUUUCAAGGCAUCAACGGAUGGCCGCUAAAACGCUUAUAAAAAACCAAAGAAAGCGUGAUGUCUUCACUCAUCAACUUCAACUAUAGUGGACAAGAUGCAUAUCUAAGAAAAUUCUAUAUACUGGCUUGUCUAUACAUGGCAUGAAUAAGAGCUUGAUCGGGGAUAUAUGGAAGGAAAAUAUCAACCUUUAUAAUAACUCAACAUCAUGAACAAGCCAAGGGAUAUCAUAUCACUGCACGAAUGAGCGGGGAAUACAUUUCGUGUCCUAAAACUAAGAAUAAAUUUCUGCAUCAACUUCAUAGGGCUCGUGAUCAUGAUCUUAUCAUCAUCUUCGAAAGAAAGUGACAAAUGCGC